AUGAUGCGCAGCAGCGCCGCAGUGCAGGACUGCCUCGCCGUCGCCGCCGCCGGCGCGUUGAUCGGCUUCUACCUGGGCUACCGCCGGCGCGCGCGGCGCGACGCCGCGGACGCCAGCGAACAAGAGCAACAACCGGACUACGGCGACCCCGACGCCUGGUACGUGCACUACAUCCUCAAGGACGGCGACCGCUGGGCGCCGCCGACCUACGUCGACGAGCAGGACCGCGCGGCGGCCGACGCCUUCUUCGUCCACGGCACGACGGCGCUGCGGGGGCUCGGCAACGCGUCCGUCGAAGAAGGCGAGGGCGCGGCGUACGCGGCGUGGAAGAUCGCGCGCCAGACGAGCUGCUUCACGCACCGCUGCCGCGUCUUCGCGCCCAAGUACCGCCAGGCGCGCGUGGCCAACUACCACUGCUUCGAGGGCCACGCGGCGCCCGACGGGCCGAGGCUCCCCGGCUACCAGGGCCGGCUCUUCUCGGAGCCGUGCGGCGAGGCGGCCUUCGACGUCGCCUUCGCCGACGUCGCCGCGGCCCUCGAGCUCUUCCUGACGAAGCACCGGCGGCCCGGCCGGCCCUGGAUCCUGGCGGGCCACAGCCAGGGCGCGGGGCACGUCACGCGCUGGCUGAACGAGCGGAGCGCGCGGUUCCCGGCGGAGAUGGCGGACCUGGUCGUCGCGCUGCCCCUGGGCAUCCAGCACGGGGCCGACAGCCUGCCGCCGGGCCUGCGCUUCGCCGGCGGCCCCCGCGACUUCGGCGUCGUCCUCGUCUGGAAUUCCGUCUCGGAGGGCCGCGCGGACACGUACGCCGCGGGCCGAAAACGCUUCGGCUACGUGGCGAACGCGGCCGUGACGAGGUUGGCGCCCUUCUCCAUGAACCCGCUGACGCUCUGCGGCGGCCGCCAGGGCGGCCUCGGCGUCGACGGCAACGUCCGCGCGGC